CACCGGCCGGCCGAUGCUAAGCAGCUGUGUCGGAGGGGAGAAAGAGGAAGCUCAGGCCAGCCAGACAUCAGCAGCCGAGCUUGCCGGACCGGUGCGAUGGACCCCAGCGACGACGUUGGGACGGAGAGACACCGGGCAUCCUUCUGCGUGCCCAUUCCAGACGCAUCCUCGGCUAAGAAUGAACAGGAGAAGCUGUCAGGGGUGGUGAAAAACGUCCACCGAAAGCUCCGCAGGAAAUACAGAGAAGUGGGCGACUUUGACAAGAUCUGGCGCGAGCACUGCGAGGACGAGCAAACGCUGAGCGAGUACGCCGUCGCCAUGAAGAACCUCGCCGACAAUCAUUGGGCUGUCAACUGCGAAAAGGAAGGACGCAUCGAUUGGUGUCAUAGUGUCUGCCAGGAGUAUUUUCGAGAUGGUGGCAUGAAAAGAAUGUUGGAGAAAGAUGAGAAAAGUGCCUCCUUCUCCGCCGGUUCGACUGAAGCGCCUGCGAGUGGACGGCCGUCUUCUUCUAUCCAAAGUCCGGGCGGUGCUCAUGUGGGGAAGAUUCGGCUCCUGGAUGUGGGCAGCUGCUUUAACCCUUUCAAAAAGUUUGACGGGUUCCUCACGGUCGGUAUUGACAUUGUGCCUGCGGUGGAGAGCGUGUACAAGUGCGACUUCCUCAACCUUCAGCUCCAGAGGCCGCUUCAGCUGACGGGCGAGGCGGUGGAGGCCUUCCUUCGCCACCUGCACAGCCCCAUCGACGCCCUGCCGGGCCGCCUCUUCCACGUGGUGGUCUUCUCCCUGCUCUUGUCUUAUUUCCCGUCUCCCUACCAGCGCUGGAUCUGCUGCAAGAAAGCCCACGAGCUGCUGGAGCUGCACGGCCUCUUGCUCAUCAUCACGCCCGACUCCUCCCACCAAAACCGCCACGCCCUCAUGAUGCGCAGCUGGCGCGUGGCGGUGGAGUCGCUGGGCUUCAAGCGCUACAAGUACGUCAAGUACUCCCACAUGCACCUCGUCGCCUUCCGCAAGGUGUCGCUGGCCACCAGCAGCGACCUGGUGUCGCGCAACUACCCCGAGAUGCUCUACAUCCCCCAGGACUUCCACCCUGCCGAGGAGGACGAGGGCGGCGAGCCGCAGGCCCGCUCCGACAUGGACGACGAGCAGCUGGCUUGGGCCUUCGCCGAGCUGCCCGACGCCUGUGACUCGGAUUCCGGCGAGAGCCAGAGCGGCUCGCUGCCCGGCUUCCAGGAGCUGGAGGACCCCAUCCUGCUCCAGACCUAGACCACACUCUUGUCGCGCUUCAACUGCUGCGCUGCCAAACGUAAACCGGCUGCAUUCUCCUCGCCCUUCCCUUCCUUUCCCCUCAAACCACUUGCACAGUGUGAAAGAGAUAUGUUUACGCAAUAUUUUCUGAG